GAUAAAAAAACUCUGUAGAUAGUUACAAUUUUCUUGCUAUUCAGUAAACCUCAAAAACAUCAAAAAUGGGUAGAGUCAUUCGUAACCAAAGAAAGGGUGCUGGUUCCAUUUUCACUUCUCACACCAGAUUGAGAAAGGGUGCCGCCAAGUUGAGAACCCUCGAUUACGCUGAGCGUCACGGUUACAUCCGUGGUAUCGUGAAGCUGAUCAUCCACGACCCAGGUAGAGGUGCUCCAUUGGCCAAGGUUUCUUUCAGAGACCCAUACAAGUACAAGCUUAGAGAGGAAACCUUCAUCGCUAACGAAGGUGUCUACACUGGCCAGUUCAUCUACGCCGGUAAGAAGGCUUCUUUGAACGUCGGUAACGUCUUGCCAUUGGGCUCCGUUCCAGAAGGUACCAUCGUUUCCAACGUUGAGGAAAAGCCAGGUGACAGAGGUGCUUUGGCUAGAACCUCUGGUAACUACGUCAUCGUCAUCGGUCACAACCCAGACGAGAACAAGACCAGAGUUAAGUUGCCAUCUGGUGCCAAGAAGGUUAUCUCUUCUGACGUCAGAGGUGUCAUCGGUGUUGUUGCUGGUGGUGGUAGAAUUGACAAGCCAUUGUUGAAGGCUGGUAGAGCUUUCCACAAGUUCAAGGUUAAGAGAAACUCUUGGCCAAAGACCAGAGGUGUUGCCAUGAACCCAGUUGAUCACCCUCACGGUGGUGGUAACCAUCAACAUAUUGGUAAGGCUUCUACUAUUUCUAGAGGUGCCGUCCCAGGUCAAAAGGCUGGUUUGAUUGCCGCCAGAAGAACUGGUUUGUUGCGUGGUACUCAAAAGACUCAAGAUUAAACCUUCUAAAUUUUUAUUGAUUUUGUUGGUUUUAAUUUGAUUAUUUUUUUAGUUAUGUAAUAAGAAAUAUAUAUGAAUGUAUAUGUAUACGG